GUGCACAGCAGGGCAGCUACAGUCAAGAAGAUGAGCCUCAACGACAAGGUGGUGAUUGUGACAGGCGCCAGCAGCGGCAUUGGAGCUGCCAUUGCCGAGGUGUUGGCCCGCGAGGGCGCCCAGUUGGCGCUGGUCGGACGUAAUGCCGACAAUUUGGUGUCCACCGAGGCAUCGCUGCAGCAGAAGUACAAGGGUGUCAAGACACUGAACGUGAUUGCCGAUGUGACCAAGGACGCCGAGGCUAUUGUCCAGCAGACGCUGAAGAAAUACGGACGCAUCGAUGUGCUCGUCAACAAUGCCGGCAUCUUGGGUAGCGGCCCAUUGGAGACGCUUGACAUUGAGGAAUUCGAUGCGGUGCUCAACACAAAUCUGCGCGGUGUCCUUCUGCUCACGAAAGCGGUGCUUCCUCAUCUGAUCAAGACCAAGGGUGCUGUAGUGAAUGUCAGCAGUUGUGCGGGCAUUCGGCCAUUUGCCGGCGCCCUCAGCUAUGGCGUCUCGAAGGCGGCGCUCGAUCAGUUCACCAAGAUUGUUGCCUUGGAAUUGGCACCCAAGGGUGUGCGUGUGAAUUCGGUGAAUCCUGGCUUUGUGGUCACCAACAUUCACAGUCGCAUUGGCAUCAAGGAUGAGGCCUACAAAUCUCUGUUGGAGCGUGCGAUCAACUCGCAUCCUUUGGGACGCGUCGGCGAUGUCUUUGAGGUGGCCGAGGCUGUUGCCUUCUUGGCCAGCUCCAAGGCUAGCUUCACCACCGGCGCCCUCUUCCCCAUCGAUGGUGGCAAGCACAAUUUGACGCCACGCUAAGAGUCCAAAGUAUUCCUAUCUUCCUACAUAUGUAUCUUAUAUAUAGAAUUUGUUAUUUUUUUUUUUUUGGUCUUGUCUUUAAGCUGUGACAAUAAAUGCAAAAAAAACCUGAAA